AAGCCCAGCACCUUCGCUGCUUGUGCUCAGGCAGGCUGCCGGUCAGGCGUACACAAGGGAGCCGAGCACAUAAACCCACCUUUUGGCAGCAAGAAAAGCCGUCUACUUCAUAAACCCCAGAUUGGCCUAUGGCUGUACUGAAAUUUCCUCCAAGCACUACUUGAUCUAGAAUUAUUUGAUUAUGUCGAGAUGGGCGUGGCUUUCGACUUCUCUCAGCGAAGCAUCAGGGGUCUUCGGAGAGUUCAACCAGUGUGUUGCUUAUCAAUCGGGCAAUCAGAAAUUGCCCCAAUCUCCAGGGCAAAGUAGCACGCUAGAAACCGAACUCGAUGUGUUGACCUUCAUGAACGAGGUUACAACAACUCGGCCGAAAAUGUGUAUACUCGCAUUUACGAACCGAGCCCCGGAAAACAAUGGAAGACUGCCGCUGCCCAUUUCCAAGAAACUAUUUCAGCAAAUCGUCCAGGUCUUUGAUAUAUCUGCAACAUUCCUCACUGCCCUGACUACCGGUUUAGCAACGUACAGUAGUACCGUUUCACCAAAGAGUGGAGAGAGUGACAAGGAGGAACGCUCAUAUUUCGUUAUCCAGCAAAACAGGGCGUAUUCUGCAUGCUCAAUUGGGCUCACGUACAGUAUCCAAAGUGGCCAAACUCGCAUCCUGCUGUUCGGUGUGGAGUCAUGGUUUCUAUCGCAGCUAUUCGAAUACUUGAGAUCCAUGUCACCUCUUCCGUGCGGGCCAAUGGUGGUGCCCACGAUAGCUAUGGAGCUGCAAGCUCAGUGGUUCAGCAGGACUAUCAAGAGGUGCCAGGAUGGGGUCCAUUCCAUCGAAACAGCUACUGGAAUGAGACAGUUCAACUACCCGCAUGAGGAACCGGACGAGCUUGCAAAAGAUUGGAAGUAUCUAGACUUGAUAUCCAUCACUCGCGAACUGAGCGGCUUCUUGAGCAGAUUCGCUUUCAUCAAAUUACAGGCGGACACCGGAGAGUAUCUGCUGGAACAAAUGGCUAAGACUACCCUCUCACUCAUGCACGAGGCGCACCAGCAUCAAAGUGCAUUCUAUGACGACCAGCGCGAUAUUAUCCACAAGAUCGAGGAGCAUCAAAGCUUAUACAAAGGGAUAGCAGCGCGCUGCCGCUACCUGACAGAGCGAGCUACCGCACAGAGCCAAACUGUGUAUUGUCUUGUUGCCACCAAGGACAACAUGAUCAAUAUAGAUAUCGCUCAAGCGUCUCGACGUAUCGCGGAAGCCAGCCGGAAAGACAACGAAGCGAUGCGGGCAGUCGCGGACCUCGGCCGCAAGGACAGCCAGCUGAUGAUCCAAGUCGCGAAAGAUUCCCGAAGUGUUGCGAUCGCGACGGCACGAGACAGCGCAGCUAUGCAGGUGAUCGCUGCUGUCACCGUCUUAUUCCUCCCUGCCACUUUCAUCGCGACCUUCUUCUCGAUGACGUUCUUCGAUUUUCUGGACGCUGAAAGACCACGUGUCUCUCCGUGGACCUGGCUAUAUUUCUUAAUUACAGCCGUUCUGACAAUCGCAAUUCAACUAGCUUGGGCGGUUUUGUCGAAAAGAAAGAGCGCAAGAAUUAUUCGGGGAAUUUCGGUAGAUCUUUGAUAUUACUACCUUGAAGUGGCAGUGAGUCUUAGCGAGUUGUGUGCAGUGCACAGUGGAGUCCAUUGUCCGGAAGCUUCGCAGCCUGCAGACGCUUGAUUUCGGUGAGCUGGAGGCUGUACAGCCAGGGCGGCUGGUUUCUCCGCCUUUUGUUGCCUAAUGACAAUCAUAUUUGCUUGCUCAAUCCUCUUCCAUGAUUUUAGACACUACUGUACAGUAUUGCAACAGCGAACUC